UCUGACAGGAUGUUUGCUUUCCUGCUGAGCGGAGCUGGGGAGGAGUAGUGAGGCAAGGUGCCUAUUGUGCCCAAUGCAGGCUGAGAGGAUUGCAGCACAGCAGCCAGGAAGUGUGUCCACCAAGUCUCUGACACCUACUGCUGCUGAGUCAUUGCUCACGUCUGCACCCAGCAGCACAGUCCAUUCGCUCCUCGUGGAGCUCUCUGCUGCACAGCCAAGAUGCCCUCUGCAGAGGCAUGGGGCUGGCAGACAAAUGCCACUUGUGAGAGUUCAACAGACAUGGAGCUGGUUCUGCAUUACUCCCUUAUUCCAUCGUUUGCCAUCAUUUUGGUGCUGUCCUUCCUUGAAAGAAGAGUGAGCAGGAGACAGAUAGAUGGAAAAUUGCACCUCCUCAAUGGCCGCUUUGGAAUUGUGAUACCCUUGGAUUUCGUUGGGACAUUCAGCAACCGAUGGUCAUUUGGUUUUGCAUUUGGAGCUACAGCCAAUAAAGUUAUGUUCCUGUUUUCGGAAGGUUACCGGCCACUACAAGUGCCCCAGUGGGCCCAAGCCAUUGUGCUUCUCAUAGGCAGCACUGAAGUGGGCCUCUCAUAUUUCCCUUUCUUCGCCUGCCUCUCGACGGAAUUCCGGAUCACAGGGUCUGUACUGGGAUUCUUCUACACUUUCACUUGGUUCAUAAUCACAAUCACAAACAUUGUGCAGUGCCCACAUGGACAAGUGAUGGGAGACUAUGAGAAGAUCAUAUUUUAUUGGCCUUCCUUGUUCUGUCUGAUUUUCCUACUGGGCCGCUUUGCCCUGAUGUUUGUGAAAGCACUGAGGGUUCGAUUAAAGAUGGAUGUGUCAAGUCAGGAAAAUCAUUUCCUGGAGGAUCAUCAGGCUCAGCAUGUCAAGCGUCUGGUCAGGAAGCCCCAAGAGCGGCAGGUUCGGAAAUCUUGGUUCCAGCACAAGGUGUACGAAUGGGACCCAUGCUUUCAGUUCCCAGGCAGAAUGAUUGGCACAUCUGCACUAGCCUUAAUCUGCCUGUACAUUUUUAUUGUUAUUGAGUUUUACAUUUACAAGCAAUUCUCCCAAGAGCUGAAGAUAUUGGAUCAGAGAUUUGAAGAGCUUGUUGAUUCUAGCAAUGGCUCAGAAGUACUUGUACCAGCUGUCCUGCAGCUGAAAGAGUUUAUUAAUGUCACUGAAGGUGUUUGGAUUUUCACCACCUUUGCGGCCUCCCUGACUUGUGUAAGCUACGUAUUUCACAUCUUGGCCUGCUACAGAAAACACAUGAAGCGGCUGUGGGCAGGGGAGAAACAUUUCCUUCCACUAAGGUCUCGUGAGCCUGCUUCUUCUCAAAGCGUGGCCGCAAUAGCAAGAUACUCUGGUUGGCAAAUUGCAUACAUAUUAUGGGGCUACCUGAUCAUUCAUGUGGUGCAGUGUCUGUUUGGUGUAAUGAUCAUGUACAGUUUUGUUUUGCCGAUACAGCAUGGCCAAGGGCUGGAAGUUGCCAAAGAUUUGGGAAUUGGGAUUCUUACAGUUGGGAUUGCCAUGGGGCUCAUGAUAUUACAAAUCAAGAUCGCUGCGAGAUUCUUCCUUCAGCCAAAGAUCUUGCCAGAUGAUAAGCAGAAGCCAUUAGCUCUCAAUAACAGAAAAGCUUUUCACAACUUCAAUUACUUUUUAUUCUUCUACAACGUGCUCCUGGGCCUGGGGGCUUGUUUGUUCAGACUACUUUGCAGUAUCCUGUUGGGAACUUGGCUGAUUGCACGGAUAGACAGGACUAUAAUGCAGAAAGGGUAUGAAGCUGCUGACAUGGGAUUCAACACAUGGGUUGGUAUGAUAUUUAUGGACCACUACCACACUAACCCCACCCUCCUCAGCUUUUGUCACAUUCUUCUGGCCGGAACCACUGAGAAAAAACUGCAGAAAUCCACCAAAUAUUAUAUCUUCAAUAAUAUAUCAAAACCCAGAGUGUCAACCAGAGCCAGGACACGGUGGUUGCUGCUCUACACCCUUCUCAACAACCCCAGGCUCACUGAACUCAGGAAGCCUAAUGCGCAGUCCAGUGCCAGUGAUGCGCCACAGAACCCCUGUGUCUAGCUUACUCUGCAGGUGGAAACUGGAAGACUCUCGAACAGCUGGUGACUUGCCCCUUAGGACUUUCAGAAGAUGGAGUUCUAUUUCAGAGCUAUACACUAUGAGCAGUUAGGGCUCUCAGCCCUGGUAUGACAGGAGAGCGGUGGGAAUGGAUGUCCAGGAGCACUUGCUGUCAUUGGUUGUUGUGCAUUACAUUUGUUUCCAAUAGACAGCUGUGAAUUGUGUUAAAUCACUAUAAACCCCAGCAACAUUUUCAUUGUUUUAAACCAAAUAGAGAUACAUUGGUUUUGGCCAAUAUUUCCUUGACUGUGUGGGGUCAAGGACCAUUCUUCUCUCAUUUUGCCAAGCGUGCAAGUUCAAGGGGACAGAAACGAAUUUCCACAUUGAAUACAAGGCUCCGGUGUGAGUUUGGUUUUGUACAGCCUUGCCUCUCACAGCAAGCACAACUUUUAUUUGUCCUAAUUUCCAACUGUGCCAGAGCCCGUGCAGGGACUAAUGAAUGUGCAAUGAACUUUGAAACACCAGCACUGAGUUUGAAAAAGUUACAGUUCAGUUACAAGUAGCUGACAACAGAUGCCUCAUUUCCUAAUAGCUUUUAGUUACCGAUGAGAGACAAAAUGGGUGAGGUAAUGUCUUUUAUUGGACCAACUUCUGUUAGAGAGAGAGACAAGCUUGCAAGCUUACACAGAGCUCUUCUUCUUCAUGUACUUCUAAGACUGAUCUGCUCAGAGGAGUGAAUCAGCCUCUCUCAUUCUACCAAACCAUUGAGCUGUGAUCAGCACAGGGAUGCUUAUGUUUUCCUGUCACGCUUCCUCACCCUGAGAUGGUCAAGAUAGUUGACCUUCCUCUAGUCAAGCUGUUGCAGGUGGUAGGAAGAAGGUCCCCUUCUUCUGACAAGCCUAUCACACUCUUUCUCC